AUGCCGGUAUCAAGCACACUUCCAUUAAUACCUAUACCCUCCCCUUCCCUCCCCCACAACACUGAGCCCUACGGCGAGGGAACUGGCUCGCUUUCCAGUUACCACUCUAGCACGGAGGACGGGUCGUCAUGCACUACACGAGGCCACGGGGGAACAUCAUCUACCCAUCAUGGCUCUGAAGUCUCCCACUCCUCCACGGAUGCGAUCUCCGCCUAUAGUCGCAGCUCCUCUCGUUCAUCUCAAGAGUGCUUACCCCGUGAAGAUUUCGUGCACCCUUAUGCCAACCCUAACUUAAUCGCUCCCUAUUCCUCAAACCCCUCCCAACGAUCCAAAUUCAAAAGGAGCGACUCGAUUACCACAGUGACUGACACCAUCAGUAGCAAGUCAACCUCGUCGGCGAUACCGAGGGACUCGUCAGAGGUUUCCCCCAUAUCCAAGGACGCUCAGAACAGUCAGCGUCUACGUAAAAAGGAAAUAUCCUCUCCGUCUAUUAUCCUUCAUGGAACCGACAUUAAUCCUGCAUACUUGGAUCGGGACGCCAAGUUUUUAUCGCUUCAUCCCCCACUUCGCGGAUCUGCGAGCCCUGGAUGGAUCGCUCAUCACCACUCUCCUCCAGUAGCCCUUAUUUCCCUCGAGGAGGCCCAAGCGCGAGAGAAGUCACGCACUGCUUCGCUUCAUCCUGGGGCGGCGCACUCGAAAGCGGUGGAUUCAACGUCACAUGUCCCCUCGUCGCAUCCAGGCGAGUUAACCGCCACACCUAAUAAUCCGAACAAUCUGGGCCGCAUGUCAAAUUCGGUCAGGCGGAGGGCACGGUCGAUAAGUGCUAGUGCCCGAGCGAAAACUGCUUUACACUCCGUAGUGGGGACUACGUCCCACUCCGAACGGCAAGACCCAGGUUUCUCGUCAAGCGGAACAUCCGGGAGUCGCGCUCUUAAGCACAAAAAGAGUGGUUUUCUGCGAUUAUUCAGUGGCCGUGGCGAAGGGGAUCAGCCUUCUCCGCCGCCAGUGCCUUCACUCCGUGACACAUACGUACCGCAGAGUCUCUGCGGCCAGCUCUCCGAGGAAUUUCCCGAGGGGCCGCUAUCCAGGAGCCCUGAACUACAUCCGGACGAAAACCAAGAUCCUGGACGCGAACGAACUGUCCACACCACCAGUAAGCUGCUGCCGCCACCUCUUAACAUUGACAUCGGCACGUCCAGCCAUUUUACCUCUAUCCCGAAUUUUGGUCCAGAUGUACAAUCCCGGCCACAUGACAACAAUCCACACUCGGGAUUGUCGCUACCCUUAAAUGUACCUCAGAGUGCUCCUUCCACUGCGUUGGACUUCCAGGCUCUCCAGUUGCGUCCAGUAUCUUCGCUGUUUAGCUCCCAUUUUGCGGAAUAUGUCGGCGGCUCUGAUGCAGACACGUCUCUGGACUCAGCCACAACUAGUCCUACCAGCAAUUCCGGAGCCGUGCUUUCACCACUCACUCCUCUUUCGAGCCGGCCGAGUAAUGACGAACCACGUCAUGGUGUGGGAGUAUCUGGAGAAAACCCAUCUGUUGUCAAGGCUCUUCAGGAACAAAUGUUAUCCGCUAAUAGAGCAUGGCAACGGCAGGUUCAAGAUUUGCAGCAACAGGUCAGAAAUCUGCAAGCCAAAGUGGAGGAACUUCGUGCUGCAGACGACAAAGGAUACUGUGAAGUCUGUCGGCGGAUUGUCCCCCUGCAGUGGCUUAAAGACGAUGAAUCCCACUAA